AUGAAUAAUUUUGAAGACUCUUCAAGUGGGAUUGGCGUAGGAUCAAUCGUGGGGAAUAAAUUUAGAUUAGAAGAAAAGUUAGGAUAGGGCUCGUUCGGCAUGAUAUUUAAAUGCAUUAAUUUAGAGAAUUAAGAAGUUUAUGCGAUGAAAAUGGAAAAAAGAAAUUAACGUCAUUCAAGCAUGCUUGUGAGAGAAAUUAAAGUAAUGAUGGAAUUAAAAAAUGAAUUUGGGUAUGCGAGAAUGAUAACAUAUGGCAAAGAUGAAGAUUAUAAUUAUGUAGUUAUGACUAAUUUAGGUAAAAAUUUGGAUAGCAUCUUAAAGAAAUGUGGAUAACGCUUUUCUUUAGCAACCUGUAUGAAUAUUGCAGAACAAAUGAUUACUAGAUUAGAAGUCCUGCAUAAUCACAAUCUAAUACACAGAGAUAUAAAGCCAGAAAAUUUUGUAAUCGGACCAGAUCGCAGUUUUAAUCAGGUUUAUUUGAUAGAUUUCGGCUUGGCUAAAUAUUACAAGGAUAGCGAAGGAAAUCAUAUUCCUGUGGUUGAAAAGAAAGGAAUGAUAGGUACUGCUAGAUAUGCAAGUAUCAAUGCUCACUAAGGACUUGAACAAUCGAGAAGAGAUGAUUUAGAAGCUCUUGGAUAUGUUUUACUUUAUUUCAUUAGAGGAAAACUUCCAUGGUAGCAAAUAUACGCAGAGACAAAAGAUGAAAAAUAUGAGAAAAUAAAAAACAUGAAAAUGAAUUAUCCUCUCGAGCAAUUAUGUGAAGGAUGCCCAAACGAACUAGUGUAGUAUCUAAGAAUGGUCAAAAAGCUUGAAUUCACUGAGCAGCCAAAUUAUGCAGCACUAAAAGCCCUAUUCAAAAAGGUUAUUACUGAUAAAAAACUAGAAAUCCAGUCUUAAAAUGUUGACUGGGAAAACUUGCCAGACUAUCGCCAUCGCAAAAAAUUUCAAACACCCCAAGAUCUCCCUUAACAGACAAGCCAGAAGGAAAUAGCAUCGCGACAGUAAUAGCUACGGCAAUAGUAGCAGUUAUUUUAAUAGCAAUAAUCUUUAUAAAAGCUCCAAUCUAAAGAAUUAUUGAAUUAAAAUAACGCUGGUGGAGCAGGAGGUCCUGCUGGAGGGGGAGAAAUAACAGAAAACAAAAAGGUAUAGAAAAUUACUUCGUAAAAUAAUAUUCCAAGCGCUUUGUAAAAUAAUGAAAAACAAAACUAAAACAAUCAAAAAGCUACCAUUCAAACAGAAAAUAUCCAUAAUUCUCAUAGCAAAUAAAAUAUAGACCAUAAAAAAUAAUCAAUUUUAUAAUAAUAAUAAUAAUAACAAUAAUAAUAACAAUAACAACUAUAAUAACAAUAAUAAUAACAAUAAUAAACAUAAUAAAGUAACAAUUAUCAAGCCUCGGCUUCAUAAGAAUUUUCUAAAUAACUUUAAAGCCAAAAUCAAAUUGGUAACAUUAAUAAUAUAUCACCUCCUGGUGGGCCAUAAAAGAAUACAAGCUUAGUUAAUGCUUUGCACUCACCUGAAACAGGAAAAUUUGGAGGAGAAUCAAAAACUAAUGCAAUUAAUGACAGUGCUUUGGAAAAAAAUAUAAAUAAUGAAAAAAAUAGCAAAAAUGCUGGAAGCACUUUGGUUAAUAUUAUAAACUAAAAUGGAAAUCAUCAACAAGGUUCGAAUAAUUAAAUUAAUAAUAGAGAAGUCAGUGUUAGUAUCUUAAAUAAUCAUCCUAAUUUCUAGCUUAAUUCUUCACAAAAUAAUUCUAUUAAUGGAUUACAACAUUCUAACAAUAGUCCUGUAAACAAUCCUAAUAGCAGUACUCUUAUCGGAAACGGUUUGCAUGAAAAACGUAACAGCUUUUUACAUGCAAUUAAUUAAAUGCAUGGAAACAGUAAUAAUCUAUUAACUGUACCAACAAAAGAUGUAGCUUCAUUAUCUGUCACAUCGAUAACCGGAACUAGUAAAUUGAAUAAUUACUCAGGAUCUGAUAGCGAUGAUAUAGUAGAUGAAGGGGGUAUUCAAUUCUCAGGAGACAUGAUUAAUAAGAAUGCAAGCCCUUUGACGACUUCAGAUAUUAGAAAAGACAUUAGAACAAGAAGUCUUGUUAUUAGAUAAAGUCAACUGGACAUUGGUGAGCUAGAUUUGAAUAGAUUUCAUGACCAUAGCUCAAGCUAAAGCAAGAAAGUGCAUCAAGUGGGUAACUCUAUGAAUCAUCAGUAAAAUGGCUAUUCACACUCAGCCUUAGAUAACUAUGUAAAGCAUGAAGAAAAUUAUGAUGAUAGAGGUAAUUUUCAUCAGCAUAGUGAGUAAAUUUCCCCAAGAAGGCAAACGAAUGGCAAAAAAUCUUCACAACAACAUAAUGAAAAUAAUUCAAAGUAAAGCUAAACAACUUCAAGCCAAAAGAUGCAAAACUAAGGUAUGUUUAACAGUGGAAACUCAUAUAAGCAAUAUGCCUCUGCAGAAGAAAUAAAAGAACAUUAAGAUGAGGAAAACAAUAGCAACACAAGAAAUAUAAAAAACUACAAAACUCAAUUUACACCAAUUACAGAAGUCAAAGAAUCAACUUACAAAUCUUUCAAAACCAAAACUUCUAAGGCAUCCUUCAUAGGAGAAAACAUUACAGAAUCGUUAUAUGAUUAUCCUAUAAUGAUUAAUAUCAUGCCAAUAAAAAGAGCAUUCUUAAAGAAAAAUUGA